AUGGAGCAGAAAUUGGUAUCGAUUCGGGAGAAAAUUGAUCAGUUCCCUAUGAAAGAUGUUUUCAAUAUGGAUGAAACUUGGUUGUUUUAUAGGCUACAAGCUGAUCAUUCAUUGGCAACAAAACAACUUGAAGGAAGAAAACAAGAUAAAGAAAGGCUGAUGAUAGUUAUUUGUUGCAAUGAAGAUGACUCUGAAAAAAUUCCUCUAUGGAUUAUUGGGAAAUAUGCAAAGCCUCGUUGCUUCAAGAAUGUCAACAUGAAUGGCUUGGAUUGUCAGUAUCGAGCUAACAAAAAAGCAUGGAUGACUAAUGUGCUUUUUGAUGAAUAUGUUCGUUCAUUUGACCAAAUGAUGCAUGGUAGAAGAGUUCUACUUGUGGUGGAUAAUUGUCCAGCAGAUCCAAGAAAUAUUGAAGGGCUAAGAAACGUUGAGUUGUUCUUCUUGCCACCCAACAUGAUAUCAAAGAUUCAACCUUGUGAUGCUGGGAUAAUAAGAGCUUUCAAGAUGCAUUACCGUAGAAGGUUUUACUGCAAAGUAUUGGAAGGUUAUGAGGUGGGACAAUCUGAUCCAGGGAAGAUAAAUGUCCUUGAUGCUAUCAAUUUGGCAAUCCCAGCUUAG